AUCAUUUUACUCUCAUUUGCCUCUCAUUGUGCCCCGUUCCCUCGCAGGCAUCAGUGGGCAGCUCUCCCAGCACGGCCUCUCCGUCUCCUUGCACACGUCCUACGAGGGCGCCCUGCUCGACUCCUUCCACCUGGAGCUGCUGGAAAUCCGGGAAUCCCAGAAAUCCCGGGAAUGUGGGGGCUUUGGGGGCUUUGGGGGGUUCCGGCUGGGCCGGCACUCCAUCCCGCCCUGCGUGCCCCUGCAGGGCCUGGCCGGGCGCCUCCUGCCCCACCGCCCUCGGCAGUUCCUGGCCGUGCUCUGGCAGCAGCUCAGCGCCCUCGGCCACAGGAGGCGGCAGCUCCAGCUGCUCCAGGAGGAAUUUCCCGAGUGCAUCCGAGGCACUCCCUGCAGCAACUCCCUGUGCAACCUGCUGAGCUUCCGCUGCCGCCUUCCCGGCCACAAGCCGGGGAAUGUUCUGGAAUUCCGGGCCCGGCUCCUCUACGGGGACCCCCUGAGGAGCCUCCCCACGACGUCCCAAUUUUUUCAGCCCCAAA